AUGAGCGCGGCAAGCAAUGAGGUGUCUGUCCUGACGGGUCCCGUCACAUCAGGGGCACCAUUGACGGUUGUCCGAGAGGCGGUCUCUCUUGUGUCCAAGUUCUUCCUGCAGAAUCUGCAGACACUGCAGAGGCACGAAAGCUUCGGGCAGCUGUGGCUUAUGGUGCUGAGACUGAUGCUCCAGUUUAUAAAGCGCGGUUCCGACGACCGCGAUGCCGAGUUAGAGGAAGUGUCCACCGAGAACCUCAAAAACCUGUUGGGCGUCCUUGUCAGCACUAGUGUCCUUGGCUUCGUUUCGCCGAAGGCGGCGCAGCCGAGCGACGCGGCCGCUCGACCGGUGUGGUGGCAGAUGACCUGGGACUGCAUCGAGGCCCUGCGGAUGUCCUGGUUUCGGUUCGGUGCAUAG